CGGGCGAAUCGCUCCGUUUCUGGAAAGUUCAAGAAGGUAGUAGAAGGACGAUCUCGGGCCGUCAGGCGCGCACGUACACGCGCGCACGGCAGACGCACGCACGAGGGGCAAGAGAGACGGUAGCGCACACUUACACGUAUACUCGGUGAGAAACGACGAGAGUAUUCGUAGUGAUCGUCACAGCGGUACCGAGAGCUCGAGGAGAAGCCGCGCCUGCCGCCAGUGGACGCACCGAGGCGCAGCUCGACCUAGAGUCGGAGGCGCAGAGACAUGGGGACAGACUAUUACAAGAUCCUGGGUAUUGGGCGAAACGCCACUGACGACGAAAUAAAGAAGGCUUAUCGGAAGUUGGCUCUUCGCUACCAUCCUGACAAGAACAGAAGCGCCGGCGCCGAGGAGAAGUUCAAGGAGAUCGCCGAGGCGUACGAGGUACUCUCCGACUCGAAGAAGAGGGAGGUGUACGACAAGUUCGGGGAGGAGGGCCUCAAGGGCAACGUAUCAGGCGGGGGUGGAAGUGGGAGGAGCAGCUACACCUUCCACGGGGACCCCAGGGCCACAUUCGCCCAGUUCUUUGGCUCGGCCACGCCGUUCCAGGCGUUCUUCGACUUCAGCGGCAGCUCGGGCGGCCCGGGCGGCAACCGGGGGUUUGGUCUCUACGACGAGGACAUGGACAUGGACGACCCGUUCGGAUUAGCAGCAGGACCGGCUACGAGGCAGCAAGCGGGACCUGGUGGAGCGUUCCGGUCGCACUCGUUCAACUUCGCCGGGGCCCACGGGGGAGGGCGAGCGGGUGGCGUCAAGGACAGGGCCCAGGAUCCCGCCAUCGAGCACGACCUCUACGUCUCCCUGGAGGACAUAGUGCGCGGUUGCACGAAGAAGAUGAAGAUCUCGAGGCGCGUGGUCCAGCCGGACGGUAGCACCAGGAAGGAGGACAAGGUGUUGACGAUCAACGUGAAGCCGGGCUGGAAGGCGGGGACGAAGAUCACCUUCCAGAAGGAGGGGGACCAGGGUCGCGGGAAGGUGCCCGCCGACAUCGUCUUCAUAAUCCGGGACAAGCCGCAUCCGCUGUUCAGGCGCGAGGGAAGCGACAUCCGGUACACGCACAAGCUAAGCCUGAAGCAGGCGCUAUGCGGCGCCAUCGUCGAGGUGCCGACCCUCUCCGGGGAGAAGGUCACCCUGGACCUUACCCGGGAGAUCGUCAAGCCGAGCACGGUGAAGCGCAUCCCCGGACGGGGACUGCCCUUCCCCAAGGAACCCUCUAGGAAGGGCGAACUCCUCGUCUCCUUCGACAUCAGGUUCCCCGAGAGCCUCGCCCAGAGCGUCAAGGACAUCCUCUACGACACCCUGCCCAACUGAUCGUCCCCUGGAGCGACCGAAUCCCCGCCGACAAGUCCUUACCCGGUGCGGGCCCUGUACAGUAGGACCUUCCCCCGGGCGCACGAGAGGGGACUCUAGGAGAGGAUCAAAUCUCCGGACACGCACCGGUGACCGACGCGGUUUUCGUACGCCGACCUCUUCUCCGGGACCUGGACUCGGAUACGUGGAGCCUGGUGGACGGGCGUUUCGUUCGCACGAGUGGACCGAGAGUCUGGGAGGGAGAGAUUAUUGCAUGGUUUGGAAGUACUGCGGAGAGAUCCUGGUUGGGGGCUUCGGAGGCAUUGCGAAGCAUCUGGUUGGGACCCUCCGCAGGGAUUGGGGGUUUUCAAUGUCUUUGAUUUAACUGCGAAGACAGAUAGUGAGGGAACGAAUACCUUUCUCUUGGUUUAAUUGUCAUCGCAGGAACUGCAGAGACUUAAUUUGAGGGUCUCGAGUUGACUGCGAUGUCUUCGGUUUCAUUGCAAAGGCUGGUGAAGUUAAGGAAUGCCUUCUUUCUCUUAGUUCGAAUGUCUUCGCAGGACUGCGAUGUCUUCAAUUUAACUGCGUAGACAGAUAAAGUAAGGAAGAAUAUAUUCUUCUUUCUCGUUUUUAGUUUCAAUGGCAUCGCAGGAACUGCGGUGCUUUAAUUUGGUCUCUUCGCAGUAACUGGAGUGUCUGGAGUUGACUGCGACGUCCUCAAUUUAACUGCGAAGGCAGGAGGUUCUCUCUCUCUCUCUUUUUUUUUCCUUUUCACAAUCUACAAGAAUAUCAAGAGAUAGAACCUUUCGUUCGCUCCUCUUCGUAGUCUUCGCAGGAAUAUCGAAAGAGAGACGAUCACUACUGUGUUUGCUCUUUUCUCUUCGCAACCCUCUCAAGAACAUCGAAAGAGAAUGGAUGACUCCUUUGUUCACUCUCUUUUUUUUUUUUUAAUUUUUCUCUUCGCUGCCUUUGUAAGCAUCGAAGGGAAAGUUAGGUUAAGGGUUCCAUGUAUCCGAAGUCUAUGUCCUUAGACGCGGAAUAAAGCGAGCGCUCUGCAUUUCCCUCUCGUUCUCGUUUCUAGGUUAUCUUUCCGUCGCGCGUCGGCUCUCCCUCUUUCUACUUUAUGUAUAUAAGUUUAUUGCCGUUUAACAGAGGAUGCAUAAUAUAUGUAUGUAUGUAUGCAAAUUCGUUAUUUAAAAAAAGGCCCUUCAUCGAAUGUGACUCGAUUGUAUAAAUUCUCUUUAUUAGAAAAUGCGUCGUGAUUCUGUUAUUCCCGGGGGGAGGCGAAAGGCCCUUUUUCCAAUUUACGAUUUGCGAUUUUCGAUUAUCAACUUACGAUUUACGACGUACGGUUUCUCGACUCUUCUCGCGGAGUUCUAAAAGUUAGCGGCGAUUUAAAAAGAAAAAUGAUUAGGGAAGUGAUUGGAGGGCGUACAUGCGAGCAACCGAAAAGUGUUCCGCGACAUUUGUAGGACUGCGAAAUAGACGGAAUUUCAUUUCUAGAGGAGAGUUUCCUUUCUUAGAUCGUAUCCCCAGUGCGGGUUUUGUGAUACGGGGCGCGCUUUUUUUUUUUUUUAAUCCCUCUGAAAGCAAGGAGAAAAAUAAAAACCGUAUUAUAUAUA